GAGAACUGAUGUUUGGGUUGCGCGCCAGCUAAGUUACGGGUCUAGAAACACAUUUCGAAAACGACUUCUGGUGCCGUGCAGUGGACCUGUUGCAGCCUGCGCCUUACGUAUCAGGAUGGAUCAGAUGCAGAAUUUCUCUUCUCAUAGAUCUCCAGUUUUUUCAAGAACAGGAUGUGUGUCAUCAAACAAUCCACUUGCUACUAAGGCUGGCAUAGAUAUUCUUCAGCGUGGUGGUAAUGCUGUGGAUGCUGCAGUUGCUGUGGCUGCAGCAAUGGCUGUUGUGGAACCAAGUAGUACAGGCCUGGGUGGAGAUGCUUUCUGUCUCUAUUACAAUGCAAAUGAGAAGAAAGUCUAUGGACUAAAUGGAAGUGGCCGGUGUGCAGCUGGUCUUACUUUGGAUAUACUAGCAGCAGAGGGGUAUAAUGCCCAGAAUCCUCUUCCUGAUCGCCAUGUCCACAACAUAACAGUUCCAGGGACUGCAGCUGCAUGGAGUGAUGCUGUUAGUCUCUUUGGAUCUGGCCAGCUUACACUGUCUGACUUGCUGACCCCAGCAAUUAAUCUAGCUGAAAAUGGUUUCCCUGUAACACCUGUUGUUGCUGACUUAUGGAAGCAAAGUGAAUCACUUCUACAAUCACAGCAAUAUGGAAGUGAGCUUCUACUGAAUGGACAAGCCCCAAGAGUAGCAGAACUCAUGAAAAUACCUACUAUGGCAGAGUCACUGAAGGUUCUUGCACAGGAAGGAAAGACAAGCUUUUAUACAGGUCGUAUAGGACAAGCUAUAGUUGCUGAAGUUCAAAGACUUGGAGGUUAUUUAGCACUGGAUGAUCUCAAAGAUCACACAAGUACUGAAGUGCAGCCCAUUUCUGUAGAUUACAAGGAUUACACUGUUUGGGAAAUACCACCUAAUGGUCUUGGUAUCACAACAUUAAUGGCACUGAAUAUUUUAGAAGGUUACGAUAUUCAAGCACUGGGACAAGGCUCAGCUGAUUACUUUCACCUUCUUAUAGAAAGCUUAAAGCUCAGUUUUGCUGAUAGCUUAUACUAUGUGGCUGACCCUGACAUUGUGUCAGUACCAACUUCAGGCCUUCUACAGAAAUCAUAUGCUGCAGAGAGAAGGAAGCUUAUUUCCAUGGAUACGGCAAGUGAUUACCCUGUCCAUGGGGAUCCAGAUAUAAAACAGAUGUCAGAUACUGUUUACAUGACAGUCACAGAUGCUGAAGGAAAUGCAUGUAGUUUUAUUAAUAGCAAUUACAUGAGCUUUGGAACUGGAAUUGUUCCUGAAGGAUGUGGAUUUGCUCUACAGAAUCGUGGGGCCCUAUUUACUUUAGAUCCAACAAAAAACAAUGUUCUUGCUCCAAAGAAGCGCCCACAACACACAAUUAUACCAAGCAUGGUAACAAAUGCUGAGACUGGCGAGCUUUUGGCUACAUAUGGCAUAAUGGGUGGAUUCAUGCAACCUCAGGCCCAAGUCCAGGUGCUACUCAACAUGGUGGAAUUUGGAAUGGAUCCACAGCAAGCCUUGGAUUACCCAAGAUUUUUUGUGGAUGUCAGUACAAGCCAGCCCUGGACAGUGUCACUGGAAUCUGGAAUACAAAGCGAGGUCUCUCAGCAAUUGGUCCAGAAAGGGCACAAAAUAACUUGGCCAGUAACAGGCUUUGAUCGAGGAACAUUUGGGCGUGGUCAUGUAAUAACCUGUGGUGCUUGGUUUGCUGGCACAAGUACAGAUGUGUACACAGGUGCUGAUGUAUGGUGGGCAGCUGCCGAUCCACGUUGUGACGGCUACCCACAAACAUAUUGAUCUCAUAUGCGUGUACGAGCACACUCACACAAAAAGUAUUAAAUGACAUGGUAGUGCUGUAAAUGUCAUGCAGGAUGAAACAACAAACAAUUUAUUAUUGAUACUGACAAAGGAACUAAUUCAGUUUACUGCACAACAACAAAGAAAAAAGAAGACUUUUCCUUUUAAAAUUAUAUCUGUGAGACAUUUGAAUUGCUUCCUUUCCUUUGCAAUGUAACGUUUUACUAUCUUCUUUCAAUUUUAUUUUGUAAACAGCAAAAAACUCAGAAAAAUUUUGUUGCCUAUGUUUUAUAAACAGUUUGUCUAAGGCAAUGAGGAAAUGUAUGGAAGACUAAAACAACAAUAUGAUCUAUGUGAAGACUGAA